AACAGAAUAGUACCUACUAUUCUGUAAAUCUAACUCCGAAUAAACAAAAUGCAUUUAAGUUUCAGAAGAAUUUGCCAUUGUUGUUAUUUGUGAAUUUCCAUUAGCUUUAACCUUGGGCGUAGAAGAGCUGGCGGGGAGAUAAAAAAUACAUAAACGAAGCCCUGCAAGCAACGAAACGUUUAGUAAUGUUUCCCAUUCAGCUAACGCGCAUUCGGUGGUAGAUAUUAAUUUUUUUUUUUUUUUACGUUAAACACACUUAUAACAAAUAGUUCACGACAUAUAUAUAUAAUAUAUAUGUAUGUGUUUUUUUCAAUUGUACUAUUACCAACUAAAUUGUGAUAUCGAUGUUCUGUGAUGCCAAUUAAUCAUGGUGGCCCUAGGCAUGAUGGCAUGCAUGACCUUCACGUUAUUUUGGGGUAAAAAUCCAUUUUCCGCUACAAUGACGCCCAGGGGUCGAUGUGAAGGUUGUUGUCCAAUAAACGAAAAAGAGGACAUCGCUUUUUUUUCAUACUCGAGGUGUGUGUGUGUGUGUGUAUGUAUGUGUAUGCUGGUGUAUGUAAUGUGCGUUACGUAUAUGAACAACCCUUUUCGUCCGAAACGCAUAUAUAUCGGUGACGAUGUUUCCCUACGCAGAGCAAAUAUGAUGCACAAUUUGACAACCGUGAUCUAUGUUCACGGAUUUACAGAGCAGGGAAACUCCAAGGGUGCGGAGACCAUAAAAAAGGCGUAUUUACAUCGAGGCGGUGUGAAUAUUAUAAUAGUGGAUUGGAGUCCUAUGUGCGCAUUUCCGUGGUAUAGUCACGCAGUACUCAAUACGCGUAUAGCUGCUAAAUAUUUGGCUAAAUUCAUCGAAUAUUUAGUGUCGAGAAGAUUUUAUCUAUCCAAAAUACAUUUAAUUGGAUUUAGUUUGGGCGCUGAAAUAGCUGGGUUCACUGGCAAGAAUCUUAAAAUCGGAAAACUUCCACGAAUCACAGGACUCGACCCGGCUUUUCCACUAUAUAUGUGGACGGGAAAGAUGGGACAUUUGACGCCUUCGGACGCCGAGUUCGUGGAUGUAAUACAUACCGAUGGCGGUGUAUUCGGAUUUCCGGUGGCCCUAGGUCACGCUGACUUUUUCCCGAACGGAGGUUUCCCAUUGCAACCAGGGUGCAGCCUCAAGGAGCUGGCGCAGACCAACCUCAUAACCAGAAUUAUGGCUUGCAGCCACGACCGAGCGUGGGAGUAUUUUGCUGAAUCCGUCAUCAAUCCUACUGGAUUUCCUUCGUUGAGAUGUUUAAACUACGAAUCAUUUACAAACGGCACGUGUUUCAGAGACUUCGCAUACUCCAAAGAACAAAAAGUCCAAUACAUGGGAUUAGCAGUCAACAAACAGAUCAGAGGUCAAUUCUACUUGGCUACCAAACCGACAGCACCGUUUGCAUACAAUAAAAUAUAUAAACCCUAACAUCUUAUUUAUAGAACUGUGUAUUAGCUUAAAGAAAAAAAAUAAACUUGUUUCCUACUUUGCAUAAAAAUAUGUUCUUGGAAUCAAUUUGAUUAAAUUAAGCACUGUAUCAAUGAACUAAUACAUACUGAAGUAAACAGUUAACUUGGAAGUCACAUACAACGUAUAAAAUAGGGGAAACUUAUAGAAAGUUUUUAAACAUCAUCCUACGUGCGCGUGAUGUUG